AUGGACGAUGGUGAUAGUCUGGCUGAUUUGGCGAGUACGUUUCCUGAGUAAGGGAGUCUCGGUGUCGGCAAACGAUACCGCUUAUAAGUCACACGUGCAAGGUUAUGAGGAUGAUGCUAGGGGCAAUUGUGGAGACAAGACAAUUAUUCAGAAGUUGCUGCCUUCCGUGUGGAGAAUGACACUUAGCUCGCACAGUAGAAAUUAUCAUUCAAAUCACUGCAAUGAGAGUUGAGAAAGGAUUCCAAUUUACGAAGCUGUCUAAACUGACUGUGUUGCAGAUGACAUUAUGUUGCGAAAAAAUCAUAGUGCCGGAACUGUAUUAGAUACUCUGGCGUUCUAGCAAGUCUGUUCCAGCUACUUCAGCUGUCAGAUUUGGAGAGGGGGGCAUCAAUGGAAGCAAAAAGAUCCAUCUUCUAGAGGGACAUUCUUGACUGUCAGAUUGAGUAGUGUCCCACUUCCAACUGUGGGAAAGUAGGGCAAAUGGACGGUGGUGGUCGUCAUGCGUGUUAUGUUGACCAGUAUUUAGGUCGAGGCGCCAUAGACAGGCUGCCGACACGGUGCUUUGGCGGAAUUUUCAGUGCACCUCUUCGACCACCUAUCCCACCAAUGAGCGAAACAUGUUGCCAAUACAUAGUUGUGCACAUUGAUCUCAGACAAACAUCGAACAGUACUACAUUAUUCACGAAUUUCGCUUAGCUAGAUGACGCCUUAAGUUCGCGUGGUUCCCCUACAGAUGUGCACGUCGCACUCUCCGCAAGAACUCUUAUGAUUGAAGAGGCGGAUGAGUGGGGUGACUAAUUCAGAGAAAACGACAACAACGACAACGCAUGUGAAGGCGCAAACACGAACUAGGCGAACAUCCUCACCUGCUUACGUUCGCCGGUUUAAGAUGUGUCCUACGUGCCAGCAACCAAUUCGAGGUUUGCGUCCUCCGGAAUAUCGACACACGUCUGCAGCACCGUGUUCAGAAAGGUCGGCGGUUGCUUUAGGAAUUUCUGACGACGGGCAAGUGCAACUGACAAUGGAGGAAACGGAAGUGCCCAAAGGUGUUGGCAUGGGCACAUACAAUUCGUACCUAUAACGGCCACUAAUGUUGUUGUUGAAACAAACCCACAAGGGAACCGCUAAAUAAAGGCUUGCCUCUGUACAGACUAUGCUGACUUGUAUUUAGCCCGAUAUUUUGUGUCCACAAUGAGGAUGCUUAUUACUGACAUCUAAUCUAAUCUGUUGACACGUUUGAGAGGGCCCACUUGAGAGCUCGUGGGGAGGGGACCACGGACAAGAUGGUCCAGGUGUUCCUGUUUUCCUACAAGACAACACCGAACCCGGCGUCCCCUGGUGGCUUUUCUCCUGCCGAAGCUUUGAUCGGCCGAAUCCUGCGUACGUUUUAUGCACUCGUUCCUACCGGUGUGCAGCCCGCGCAGACUCCUCCAGAAUCUCGCAGCAAGCUUUCCGUCAGAACACCUGUCUUCGUUCGUGAUUAUUGAGCGGGCUUCCCAGGCUGGAUUGAGGCAACCAUAGUAGCGCAUAGAGGUAGGAUGUUGUUUGAUGUCAACGACGGUGAUGGCAUCUGGGUUAGUACAAUCGUUUACCGUGGCGUUUUCUUGUUUCACCCAUAUAGCUCGCAUUGCAAUUUAGGCAUGGUAUGCUGUAGAACACCAACGACUGUUCCGUUAAUGGUAGCGGCACUUUGGGCUUCAGAAUCUACUGUCUGAUUGGGAAUUCUGGUUUAUGAGCCACGCUGAUACAAAAGGCUUCACGAUUCUCGCAGUACACUCUGAUACGUCCUUCACAUAGAGCAUUGAGUGCCAGCACUUGGGCUUUUCUCCGCUCGACCGUUCAAAUUAAGGCUUUUUGAGGCAACAGCAUAUGAAGGACUUCGGGUGGCCGUUAGCUUUUAAGAAGGGCCUGUAAGUAAUUCACUUCCUCCUUCCUCCCACUGUCGUCGCUAAAGUGUUUUGAACAUGUCGGUGGAGAGUUUUGACCUAACUGCGUGCAUGACCAACAGGGUGGUUGCUUCGGAAGUAGAGGAUGCGCCUAAUAUUUGUUGCCUUACGGAAAACCAUUGCCCUUGUAUUCCUGUCUGUCAAUUUCGUAACUUGUACGUCCAGGAAGGGCAACUGAUUGUUGACUUCCACUUCGAGAUUAAACUGAAUGUCGGGAACGUUUGAGGUCAUUAAUGGCUUGAAAGCCGUCACCUAGCUCCUCGUCUUCUUUGGGGGAUGAUGGAUGCGAUAUAACAUGCGGACCUCGAAUCUUUACGCAUUUUGAUGUGCACUAUGGGCGCAUAGCCCUCCGCUCAGAACGCAAAUGUGAGAUAUUUGCGAAGCGCGAGUACUCCACCUAGGAUCAGCUGAAAUUCCUACACACUUGCCUUGAUGAGGACGUCCUACCGAAAUUCCUCACAUAUAGACCACCUGUGAACAGUGACCUUUGCCGACGGCCGAUGGCUAACUUCAAGAAGAAAAUGAUCAGGGUACUGAUACGAGACUGCCACGCUCGCAUCCACAAGUACAGCCAGAUAAUUUAACAGCAGUCCUCAACCUGCCAUUCGAUCUUUACAGCACACGAGCUGGGGAUCCUCAAAGCGGCAAUUCUCGACAGCGCUCGGCGUCGCCGCAAGUUGCGUGGUGACCAGCUUACUGGAAAAUCUGAGGAAAUAAGUCCGCCAAAGCAGCCCUCUGCUGACGUUGCAUUGGUUUACAACUUGUCCUCUCAUUGUUUCGCUCAGCAACAACUAGCGGUUCUAUCCUAUGACGCGAAGGUCAGCGCAAGAGAGGCUCAACCAGAAGACUUUAUUGCAUCCUAUGAAUCGGCGCUCCAGAAAUCUGAGGCAGACGAGGAGUGCAAAAAUGCCAUGCGACAACAAGUGUCGACCUUACUCCUCCAACACAAACGCCAGAUGAGGAUUUCUAAGGCGGAAGAUCGAGACCAUCUGGAGAUACCAAAAAUGUAG